AGUGUCGGUGUAUUUUAUGUAUGUAUACACACAAAUCUAUAUUGCUCCUAAUACGACACUGACAGCGCGUCCCUUUUUCGAUCUGCUUUCGUUCCGGUUCGUAUCCAAUAUGCCAUGCCCUAAUAUUGCUGCUGCUUAUACAGCCUGCAAGUCUCAUUGAUCCUGUGUAACUCGGCGCCGGCCUGCACACGCAUACGAGUCGGCGACCGGCGCAGAAAGUCGCGCUAUUGUAGGUAGAUCGCGCGAUAAAAGCAUACACCUAUCUUGUCGUGCAGUUCGAGACCUGCGCUCCGAUCGAGCACCUGUUUGGCACGCGAGUCUUCGACUGAUUUCUCUGUAAUAAAGUUUGCAUUGCGGGGCGGCGAGUGCAUUUGAAAUAGAUAGGCUCAAUCGCUGCCUGCACUCACGGUCAAGAUAAUUUUGACGGCCUUAUCUGUGCGUGAUUAGGCAUUAUUAACCAUUGGCUGCAGUCGCGACUAUCCCAACGCCUAAAUUGGAGCAACGCGAAACAAAUUUUUCGAUUGAAAGCUCAGUAAAUUUUUCAUUGACAAAAAUGACCUUACAUCUGGGAGUUGGCUCUGAACAGCCACCAAAAGUUGAUGGAAAAAUAAGGCUUUACAGUAUGAAAUUCUGCCCUUUUGCUCAUAAAGUAAGACUUGUACUGGCUCUCAAAGAUUUACCCCACGAAAUAGUUAAUAUAAAUUUAAAAAAUAAACCAGAAUGGUAUUCGAAGAUCCAUCCAGAGGGAAAAGUACCUGCUUUGGUAGAUUUAAAUGAUGAAGUAGUUGUGGAUUCAAGUGUUAUAAUUAAUUACUUAGAAGAUAAAUAUCCAGAACCAUCCUUGAGAAAUAAGGAUACUCUUAGCAAGGAUUUGGAAUUGAUUGAAUCAUUUGGCAAGAUUGUAAAGAUCUUUUCAUCUUGUAUUCAUAGUAAAGAUAAAAGACCUCUUCAAGAAGCUGUAGAUGAAAUUUCAAUUCAUUUAAUUGGCUUUGAGCAAGAAUUGAAAAAACGCCAAACCACUUUCUUUAAAGGAGACACCCCAGGUAUUGUUGAUAUUGAAAUGUGGCCAUUUGUUGAAAGAUCCAAGGCCUUAGCAGUCAUAUAUAAUGAAACUUUCAAGUUUGAAAAAGAAAAGUUUCCCAACUUGAUGAAAUGGAUUGCUGAAAUGAAAAAGCAAAAAUUUGUUACAGAAAAUUCAUGUUCUUAUGAAGCAUUUGCCAAAGUAGUAAUGAAUUCUUCUAAUUCUGAAACUUUUAGUUACGAUGAUUACUAGUUAAUUACAGGUAUAGUACAGAAAAUUUAAAAGAAACGUUUAUUGAAGAGCAAAGCUGAAAUUCCAUUCAUAAACAUCAAGAACAAUCUGCAAUUAAAUUAUAAUUAAAUGAUC